CUGGAACCAAACCAAACCGAACCGGAGUACUUUCAGAUAUCCAUAUCCACCAUAGUUUUGCUUCACUCGAGGGAGGGUCGGUGAUUGGUUGGUGAUUGGCGAUGGCAGCGGCAUCAGCAGCGCAGUGUUCUCUGGACGCUGUGGGGGCGAAUUUUCCUCAGCGUGUGCGAUUGCAGGGAGGCGCUCCUGCAGAGCACGUGCAGGACAAGGGCAGCACGUGGCGUUUCUGUGUGUCCCAAUGCCGGCGCAAAGAAGUCUUAGGCCGCCACGUGUCCACGGCAGCGAAGAUGGGUUCGUCCACGUGGCGUUCUCCUCCGCGCGAGCGACGAGGGAUCGAACGGCCGGGAAUGCUGCAGGUGGGUUCUGAGACGGAAGAUACGCUCACAGGACGACAGCGACUGGGGCGAAGCGGGGGGUAUCGAGCAAUCACGCAACCAAAGACACAGCAUCGGCGCCGCCCACUGGGUGUCCGAGCCGGUGGCACAGGGAGCUCAUUCGGUACCCUUUUCCGAGUCACUACUUUCGGCGAAUCCCACGGUGGAGGAGUGGGCUGUGUGAUUGACGGAUGCCCACCACAGAUCCCCUUGUCAGAGGCUGACAUGCAGGUGGAGCUUGAUAGGAGGAGACCUGGUCAGAGCCGCAUUACCACUCCGAGGAAGGAGUCAGACACCUGCAAAAUUCUCUCAGGAGUUGCAGAAGGUGUGACUUUGGGAACUCCCAUCUGUGUUCUUGUCCCUAACACCGACCAAAGAGGAGGGGACUAUUCUGACAUGGAACUGAAGUACCGACCUUCGCAUGCAGAUGCAACAUAUGACUUCAAGUACGGAGUGCGUGCUGUGCAGGGUGGUGGCCGAUCCUCUGCGAGAGAAACGAUUGGAAGAGUGGCUGCAGGUGCAGUCGCCAAGAAAUUUCUGCAAAUGUACUCUGGAACAGAGAUUCUCGCUUUUGUGUCAAGCGUCCAUGACAUUGACCUUCAAGAAGACGCUGUGAACCUGAACACCGUGACAAUGGACCAGAUUGAGAGCAACAUUGUGCGGUGUCCAGAUCCGGAAGUCGCUGAGAAAAUGAUCGAGGCAAUUGAUGCUGUCCGCGUUCGAGGGGAUUCAUGCGGAGGGGUUGUGACAUGCAUCGCACGAAAUCCUCCAAAGGGUCUUGGCACACCAGUGUUUGAUAAGCUGGAGGCCGAGCUAGGAAAGGCUAUGAUGUCUCUUCCUGCAACCAAAGGGUUUGAGAUUGGCAGUGGAUUUGAAGCGGUGCCAAUGGUGGAGGCAAUGGCAGCUCUUGUUCUUGUAGAUCAGCUGAUGCAGCAAUAUGCGCAAUGUCACAUCUUGACGGAUGCGGUAAAUCUCCAACAGCAGCAUACGGUAUCACCCCCUGAAAGGAGGAUGACAAUUGCAGAUGAAGCUGCUCUGUAUAGUGAGGGUUGAAGUUCCUUGGCCGUCUUUCCUCAGGGCUCGGCUUUUCCAUUUCCCACUUUUCCAGGUGAUGUUUCCGUGCUUCUGCUCCGUACUUCAUGCUCACCGAUGUUGCUCUCUCCUGAGAUUGACACUACAUAUUCGGGAGGGUAGCAGCAGUAUGUAGUCCCGUCGGGCUUGCUAUUUUUUCAAAUUGACUGGCUUAUCACUCCCUCUACUGACCUCCACGGCUAGAGUGAAUUCUAAGAGCGUUCUCUACAUAACGGCUUCGAUUUUGUCCCCGUGUUCAUCAUUUUAGGCGAUAUGAAAUGUUGCAAUU